GUGAAUGAUAGGACGGCUUUCGGGGUAUCCUACGGAUUGGGAAGGGCACGCUGCACGGUCCGUCCUCUGUCCUCGCAUGGCCACUGCGUGCGUCUCUUGGCUCCUCCGAUGCCAUCGGAUCGGGAGUUCUGGGGCUGUCGGUAGUUGGUCGUAUUAGGGGCGCUCUUGGCUCCCCCACUGUCUCUCUCCAUCUUUCGUCUUCCAUACGCCACCCCCUCGGUCCUAUCUUUUCUGCAGAAGUAUAUCUCGGUUGUUUUGCAUUCUGCAAUUUCCUUGACCUUGUUUUCAGUAUCGCUCUGCAAUUCAAUAAUUAACCUCACCGGGCACUGCCGCGGCACUCGGCCGUAGUAAUGGGCGUGGACGAGAAAACGGCAGUGCCGCCGUCCAAGGGGGAGGAGACGUCGGCAUCUGCUUCUCUCAAUGCCCUCGAUCCCGAGGUCCAAGGAUGGGACGAGCUGGGGACAAGACGGCUACUAGCGAAGCUCGACUGGCACAUCUUACCAAUCAUGUCAAUCAUUUACCUACUCUGCUUCCUCGACCGCACAAACAUUGGCAACGCGCGGCUCGACAACCUCGAGGCGGACCUGGGGCUGGGGGGGCUGCAGUACAACGACUGCCUGGCGAUCCUGUUCCCCUUCUACAUCGCGGCCGAGAUCCCCAGCAACAUGAUGAUGAAGCGGUUCCGGCCGUCGGUGUGGCUGACCUUCAUCAUGGUGUGCUGGUCGGCCGUCAUGGUCGGGCAGGGCUUCGUCAAGAACUACGCCGGGCUCAUGGCCACGCGCGUGCUGCUGGGCGCCUUCGAGGGCGGCCUGUUCCCCGGCGUCAACUACUACAUCACCCAGUGGUACUGCCGCCACGAGUGCGGCUUCCGCAUGGCCCUCUUCUUCUCCGCCGCCACCCUCGCCGGCGCCUUUGGCGGUAUUCUCGCUCGCGGCAUCGCAGAGAUGGCCGGCGUCGGCGGCCUGCCCGCCUGGGCCUGGAUCUUCAUCCUCGAGGGCUUGUUGAGUAUCCUCGUCUCGUUCAGCGCGUACUGGAUCAUCCACGACUACCCUGCGACCGCCAAGUUCCUGACCGAGGACGAGCGCGCCGAGGUGAAGCGGCGGCUGCGGGCGGACCACGGGCACCUGCUGGACGACUUCAACAUGAAGUACGUGUGGCAGGUGCUGGGCGACUGGAAGGUGUACAUCCACAUGCUGAUCUGCAUGGCGGGCUUCUGCCCCAUCUACUCGUUCUCGCUGUUCCUGCCGACCAUCAUCAAGAACAUGGGCUACACGGCCAACAACGCCCAGCUGAUGAGCGUGCCGCCCUACGUGUGCGCCUGCUUCUUCACGAUCACCGCCAGCUGGUUCGCCGACCGCCUCCGCCAGCGCGGCGUCUUCCUGCUCGGCUUCCAGCUCGUCGCCGUCGCCGGCUUCGCCAUGCUGGCUGCCACGGGCGAUGCGUCGGUGCAGUAUGCGGGGACGGUCCUGGCCGCGAUUGGCAUCUUCCCGCAGAUCCCGCUAGGGCUGGCAUGGAACAGCGGCAACACGGGCGGCAGCUCGCUGAAGCGGGCGACGGCCAUCGCGAUGCAGGUCAUGGGCGGCAACUGCGGCGGCAUCGUGGCGUCGUACGUGUACCUAUCGCGCGACGGCCCGCGCUACGUCCGCGGCCACAGCAUCCUGAUCGGCUUUGUUAGUAUGGCCUUCGUGCUGACCCUCGCCAUGACCGCCUGGUGCCGCCGCGAGAACGCCCGCCGCGACGCGAGUCCUGGAUUCGGCGGCGCCGCGGCGCUUGCUGCGGGCCCGCUGGGGCUGACGGACGAGCAGAAGCUGCUCGAGCGCGAUCGCGCCGACCGUGUGCCCUGGUUUAGGUAUACCGUGUGAGGGAGGACUCGGGGUGGACGAUGCUCGCACGGGAGCUGCUGGUUGGGUGGUGUGGCCGUGGUUGGUUGUUGAGCAAAGAAUUGUGGGUAUACAGAUCAUGUCGGUACACUGCUGCUACCGCGCAUAAAAGUUGGUAAUAGACCUAAUUCGCUGCAGGAUACAAACUCAAAGAAGCUGAGUAUGGCGAAUCUAGUAUUUAAAGAAGAUAUUUCAGGC